CAGUGCUGCGUCAGCUGCGUGCAGCUGUUUAGUGUUUACAUUAUUACGCGAGUGAGUGUGCCGUCCUAACCGUGUUCCACCGUGUUCGGCUACGUGACGCGAUGACGCCUAGUGCACGCACGUGGUGGUCCUCCACGUCGCUUCGCGAGAGCUGACUCGUUUCGUAUUAAUGCAUUAUUUACGGGCGACGACGAAUCCUGCAACGAGGAGGAUGAUCUCCCUCAAGUUAAUUCGCCCGUACAGCCAGUUGGCGAACGGUAAACCGGCUAACCUGAUCAGGAGCGAAUUCCUAGAUUAUUUCACGAAUGAUUUAAAGCACAGUUUUAUUCGCUCCAGUCCCGUCUGUCCGGUCAACGAUCAGUCCCUGGCGUUUAUCAACGCCGGCAUGAAUCAGUUUAAAGGGAUUUUCUUAGAUUAUUACGGAUCUCCCGUGACGAAGGUCGCGAACUCACAGAAGUGUAUCAGAGUCGGUGGGAAGCACAACGAUCUGAGUGUCGUUGGCAAUGACGGCUAUCACCAUACCUUCUUCGAAAUGCUUGGCAACUGGUCCUUUGGAGAUUACUUUAAAGAGGAUGCUUGCUCCUACGCCUGGAAUCUGUUAACGAACGUAUACGGCAUACCCAAAGAACGCUUGUAUGCAACAUAUUUUGGUGGUAACGAGGAAUUAGGCAUGAGUCCGGAUCUGGAGUGCAAGGAUAUUUGGUUGAGGCUCGGUCUUCCAGAAUGUAAAAUUCUACCUUUUGGUAUGCGAGACAAUUUCUGGGAAAUGGGGGUAUCAGGCCCUUGCGGACCUUGCACUGAGAUACACGUUGACUACAUGAAACGGCCGAAUAAUCACGCCGAACGAGUGAAUAAGGGAUAUGCUGAUCUUAUGGAGUUGUGGAAUAUAGUUUUUAUACAAUACGAAAGGCUUGCAAAUGGGUGUAUAGUACCUUUACCAAAUCAUCAUGUUGAUACAGGCAUGGGACUUGAACGAUUAGUUACCUUAUUGCAAGGGAAACAAUCAAAUUACGAUACAGACCUCUUCCAGCCGUUAUUCGAUGCGAUACGAAAGCGCUCGAACGCGCCAGAAUAUAAGGGAACGUUUGGUGAUGAUGAUACAGGCAAAAUUGACUAUGGCUACAGAAUUCUAGCUGAUCACGCAAGAAUGAUUACUGUUGCCUUGGCUGAUAAUAUGUUACCUGAGCAACACCCAAAACUGCGAAGAGUAUUGCGAAAUGCGAUAGACAUAGGGGAGAAAGUCUUCAGAAAACCUGGCAUAGUUUCAGAACUUGUCUGCAAUGUAGCUGACAACUUGGGCACGGCUUAUCCAGAAUUACACACCAAUUUGAAGCAGGUACGAAGAAUAAUAGAUUUUGAGGAAGAUCUAUUAAAGAGAUUACGGAAUACUUCUGGCAAAAUGUGGAGUAAGAUGAUUGAAACUCGUCCCGAAUUAUCAGCUGUCACUGAUUGGAUGGCUCCUGGUCUAGUUGAUGGCUAUAAAGAUCUACAAUCCAUGUUAAAAGAAUUACGUAAAACUAAUGUGUUACCUGGAACUGUCGCAUUUAAGCUGUACGAUACAUAUGGCCUUCAUUCGGAAACUAUAGCGGAACUAGCACAAAUCGAAUCUUUAUACUUUGAUGAAAUUGAUUUUGAAAAGCAGCUUGAUAAUCGUAGAUAUCAAUCAAGAAUUGGAUUGGAUAAACAUAGUACUGUAAUUACUAAAGAGUCUUUGGGGAUGCUUAAAGAAAAUCAUGUGCCUAGGACGGAUGAUUCAUUCAAGUACAAUUAUACAUACAACGGAAAUACCUAUGAAUUUCCAGCACUCAACAGUAAACUCAUUGGCAUUAUUAUCAAUGGAGAAUUAGUUGCAAGUAAAAAUUAUUCCAAUAUUACAAAAACUGAUACGGACAAUAAAAUAACUGUAAAAAUCGACGAGAUAUUAAACGCUACUGAUGAGAUUGGAAUUAUAUUGGACAAGACUAUAUGUUAUUCGUUAGAAGGUGGACAAGUUUCAGAUAAAGGAAAUAUUCGUAUCAAGAAUCUACUUUUUAAUGUGGACAAUGUCAGAAAAGUAAACGGCUAUGUGAUUCAUUCUGGACAUUUCGCAAAAAACGAUUUACCCGUAUCAGAGCUGUUUUUACAAAUAGGGGACGACUGUCUAGUCAGUAUAGAACCAGAUAUUCGUACUGGAGCGAUGAAACAUCAUACAGCAGCACAUUUAUUAAAUGCAGCCUUGAAGAAAGUUAUGCAAGUGAUUUAUCAACGUGGAUGUACAGUCGAUACGGAUAGUUUAAAACUUCAAUUUAAUUCGUUUGGCGAACAACUUACACUAGAGCAAAUGAAGACGAUAGAGGAUUGCAUUAACAAUAUUAUACGGUCUCGUGUCACAACGACCGUGCAAAUUGUGAAUUCACUUGAGCUGUUAAAGCAAAGUGAUGUCACGUUAGUCCCAGGAGAGAUAUAUCCUUACACCGGCAUUAAAAUUGUAGAAAUUGAUACGGACGAUUUAAAAGCGAAGGAAACGUGUUGCGGUACGCAUGUUCAUAAUACGGAUGUGCUGCAACACUUUUGCUUUUUAACGUAUACCUCAAAGGGAGCAACGAAACGCACCGUUAAAGCUACCGUUGGCCCGGGUGCUUUACGUAUGAAACAAGCCGGUGAAAGAAUAUAUCAGAGGAUCGCGGACUUAGAAGACACCUUACAAAGUGACAAGUUCACAUAUGAGUUAUUUAAUGCAGAAAUAAAUCGAAUAAAGCAAGAAGUUAAUGAUCAGCACGUACCAUUACCGUACUUAAUUAAAGAGAAGUGUUUGACACACCUGGAAAAUUUGAACAAGACGGUAUGGCUGCGAGAGAAAGAAAUCGAAAAGAAUUCUAUAACUUGUGAAAUUACUAAUGCUACGGAUUCAUCAUCUUGUUUUAUCGUAUAUUGCCUAAACAAGAAUCCCACAUACUUGUCAUUACAUGAGGUUGUAUCUCUCUUUUCUGGGAUGCCAAUAUUAGUUCUGUCUUAUACGAAUGGAUUUAUAAAGGCAAGAUGUUCUGUGCCACAGGAAACUGUCUCUAGUGCGUUUAAUGCACAUACUUGGAUGAAUGUCGUCCUUCAAAUUUUUAAUGCAGAAUAUGGACCUAUUAAGGGAUUCAAACCCAUGUUAGUCGCAAGUAUGAAAUCUACAAAAGUAUCACAGGAUUUUCACAUACGUAUGGAAAAAGCAAUUACAGAAGCUACCAAAUUUGCAUCUACACAUGUAAAGAAAGUUGAGCUCACUAAUAAGAAUUAGUAAUUUA